AUGACUCUGGAUCCGUUCAACCACACAGCGGUCCGCCGAGGGUUCAUCAAAGAAGAACAUCUCGAGGUACGUGAACGUGGGACUCUCAAUACCAUCAUUGUCAUCGUCAUGCAUGUCUUCAAAGAAGAAGUUGUUGCACGUUGUGUGCUGCGAGAAAAAGAGCUCUGUUUGAGGCACGCAACGGCGUUUCAUGAUUUUUGGCAAGACCAACUCAAACUCAAACUCAAAAUCAAAAAGAAGAAACCAAGACCGGAAGGUGUCAACAUCAAAAAUAAAUCAAAAUGGUGGCGUCAUUUGAUUGCCGUUUCAUUUCAAAAUGGAUACGGCCGUCGGCAAAAGGUGCGAUCGAGUGGUGGUUGAUUGUUGCCACCGAUAUGGGCCACAUUCUCAGUACCGGUACUGUACGGUACUUCGAAGAUCUCUUGCUUUGUUGUCCCACUCCCACUGCCGGUAGUGCCAUGAUGUUCUUGUUUCGACCGCCUUUUGUGGUCUCUCCUUAGUUGACGUCCCGAUGUUAAAUGCUACUAAUCAUUGUGUGAAACAGAAAAUGUUCUUGUUUCGACCGGACAUCAUGACAUCAUCGUCGUGGUCAAGGCGACAGGCGAGAGACUACGGCCUGAGCUGCCUCUGCAUCUACUGUGCCGGUACCGUACUACCUAGCUGGAGAUUCUCCAUAGUGAGUUAAAAGUUGCUGCCAAAGUCGUCAAUGAGCUGAGUGAAUGACGAUCCAUAACGCAAAAGAUUGGAUGACCUCAUCACUAUGGCAAAAAAGGAUCUUGCGGCGAUAAAAUAAUAUUGCGAGUGCUAUCUGGAAUUCAUUAGCUAGUCUAGCUGGCUAUUACUGUAGGCAACAAGCAACAGGGGGUUGUUUCUGAGCUGUCUCAGAAAAAAAAUCCAUGUUCAGCCACUUUUUGCCAUAUGAUUGCAUGACACAGCUGCAGGGUUCCACUCAAGCUAUGCAUAGCUAGCGCACUCAAUGAAAGAAAGCUAUGAAAGAUUAUGGUACAGAUUUGUUGGGUUGCCUUCUUGGAAACUAGAUGUGAGCAGAUCAUUUCCUGGGCUCAUGGCUGCGCGAGGCUCAUGUCAAGGCAAAGCCCUUGGCCAAGAUCCGAUGAUGAUUGAAUUGAAUCGAAUCCUUCAAUCAUUUUCCACCACCUCCAGCUCCAUCUUACGGUAAAUCGUCCGUUUCCUCUUCUGGGACCUCUUCCUCUGCUUCAGCCUCUGCUUCAUCUACUGUUCCUCCUCUUCUCGUCACCGUAUUGUACAUGGUUCCAACGAACCUUGCCAGUGAUUGAAUCGACUCCGCGGCAAAUCCCGUAGCCGUUGCCAAGAGCGGACAAGCCGCCAAACACCGAGCCUCGGCAAUUUCACAAGCCACUUGAAGGAUAAAGUUGGAAUAUGCGGCCACACGCAGGACAAUGGCAUUCUCGAUCCCAGCACCACACAAUCCCGGUUGUCCCAUGUAGAUUCCGUAAAAUGCCUGGUACCCGAGCUUAUUGUCUCCAAACACAAUCGGAGCUCCUUCGUCGCCGGCGCAAAAGGCAACGUCUUCCUCGUCGAGCGCAAAAUCGGUCGUAUUGAGACAGAAAUAGCCGGUAUUGUCGGGGAUAUUACAGUUGGUGCCUCGUCGGACCACGGUAAAGUUGGCAAACAUGAGUUUCUCCGUGACAAUGUUUUUGCCCGCACUCAAGAGCGGACUGGCACCGUAUCCCAUCCCGGUCACUGUCGUCCCGGCAGAGGGAAUGGAUGUAUCCGAGUUGAUCGCUCCAAUAUCGUAUUCAGGGAACAGCUUGACGCCACUGAUCUUAAUAAUGGCAACAUUAUUGAUGAGACUGGGAUACCUGUGAUCGGGAUUGGGCCGUAUGACCUCCCAGGUUCGGUAGAUUCCCUCUCCAACUCGGACAUUGUUUUCUCGUUUGAUAAUGGCAAAACUCUGUAAUCGAUCGGCAAAGUUUCCAUUGAGAUCGUAGAGACAGUUGGCGGCCGUGACUACCAAGUCUCCUGAAAUCAUGGCACCACCACACCGGCGUGCAUUGGCGGCAUCGCCAUUGUCGGGAAAUGCAAAGAGUUCGACGAACCACGGGAAAUACCCUGCUGUGGCUUCAUCACCACCGCGGAUUGUAUUCGAGGGUACAAUCAGUUCAUCGAAUUCCUCCACAUCCCCAAAUGUUCGGAGUUCAUCCAAUUCUCGUCGAAGCAUGUAUUUCUUGGCGGCUCGUUCGGCUUCUUGUUCCCGCUGCAUCGUCUCGUAGAGAGCGGCAGAAACGGAACCAAGCUGGAAGGUUGGCCAUAUUACUGUUAGGAUUGUUGUUAUUGUUGUGGAGAACGAUAGGAGUGGAGACUUCUUCAUGGUGGCUGGAUGCAAUGAUAGAUCUGUUCGAUGUUGGUAGCCGUUAGUCAGUCAAGGUGGAUGCAGAGAUGGAUGAGGGGCGAACUGUGGGGAGCGCUUCCGCGACGGCAAAGAUCCCGUGGGAGUCCGGCCAGCUGCAUUAUUUUGCAGUUUUUCCCUAACCAACAAAACCGACUUGUCUAAGCAGCCAACACGACGACCUAAGUACAAACAAGUAUACCAUCCUAAUGCGUUGAAUCUGGCUAAGUAUCCAUAGAGCAGCGAACAACAGAACAAUCGUUC